UUCAUGCAUGAAGAUUCUUUUAACUUUUAUGAUUCUUCAAUCAAUAACUGCUGAUUCAUUUUCCUUUAAUAUAUCAAACUUCAAAUCAGAAGCAAAUGAUAUUAUUUAUGACGGUGAUGCUCAGGUUGUUAACGGAUCAAUUGAACUCAUCACCAAUUUCAACGUGGGAUAUCGCGUUGGUCAAGCUUCAUAUGCAAAGAGUAUACUUCUCUGGAACUCAUCGUCUCAAAAAUCUUCAGAUUUCAUCACCCAUUUCUCAUUCACCAUUGAUAAAAGUAAUCAAACACCUUUUGCUGAUGGCUUUGCUUUUUUCAUCGCUCCUCUUGACUAUGAAUUUCCAAGAACUAAUUCAUCUGGUGGGUAUCUUGGUUUAUUCAAUUCUACUAUUACUCGUAACAAGAUUGUUUUCGUCGAAUUCGAUACGUUUCGUAACGCGCAGUGGGAUCCGCCAUUUGCUCAUGUGGGGAUCAAUAAUGGAACGCUUAACUCUGCAAAUUAUGUGAGAUGGACAGUUGACGCGGGCGAGUCAGCUGAUGCAUGGAUAGCUUAUAAUUCUACUACCAAGAAUCUGAGUGUUUUCUGGACUUAUGAGAAAGAUGUGGUGUACAUGGGAAAUUCUACUGUUUCAUACAUAAUCGAUCUGAUGAAGAUUCUUCCUGAACAGGUUAAAAUAGGGUUUUCAGGUUCUACUGGGGUUUAUUUUCAACAAAACCUCAUCCACUCAUGGCGAUUCACGAGUCAAAACACCGAGUUAUCAGUUGCAAAUAUUCCGAAUACUAAAAGAAAAAAAGGUAUGAUGAGCAAAAUUGGAGUUGGAGCUGGAGUAAUUGGUGUUUCUCUGGUUAUUCUUGUAAUCGGGAUCGGUUCUUUUGUUGUAAGAAGGAGAAGAAUCAAGAAUAAUACAUCUAGAAAUAAACGAGAAGCUAGUUCGAUCAAUGAUGAUCUCGAAAGAGGCGCCUUGCCGCGGAUAUUUGGUUACGAAGAAUUGGAGAAGGCAACAAAUGGUUUUGCAGAUCACAUGAAGCUCGGCAGUGGAGGAUCCGGCCAAGUUUAUAGAGGCAAGUUGAAUGAUAUUGGCCGUGUGGUUGCAGUUAAGAAAAUUUCCACGGAAUUUGCCCACUCGGAGCGAGUUUUUAUCAACGAAGUGAAGAUAAUAAGUCGAGUUAUACAUCGAAAUCUCGUGCAAUUCAUCGGUUGGUGUCACGAUCGAGGAAAUUUCUUGCUAGUUUAUGACUACAUGCCUAAUGGCAGUCUCGACACUCAUCUUUUCGGCAAUAGAUCAGAGAUUACUCUACCAUGGAAGAUCCGAUACAAAACAGCUAUAGACAUAGCCUCAGCACUUCACUAUCUUCACGAAGACGCGGAGCAAUGCGUCCUUCAUAGAGAUAUAAAAUCGGCUAAUGUACUACUAGACGCAGAUUUCAGCGCAAAACUCGGCGAUUUUGGAGUUGCUAAACUCGUAGACACUCGACUCAAAACUCAAAAGACUAAUAUAGUCGGCACAUAUGGCUACUUAGCUCCGGAAUAUGCAUACGGAGGGAAAGCAAGCAAAGAAUCGGACAUUUUCAGCUUCGGAAUCGUAGCCUUAGAGCUUGCAUACGGAAGAAGGACUUAUUUUGACGGAGAGGAUCACACCGCGCUGGCGAAAGGGAUUUGGCAGCAUUAUCUUGCAGGAAACAUUCUUGAAGCUGCAGAUGAGAGAUUGAGGUCGGAUUUCGAUAAGGACGAAAUGGAAUGUCUUUUGAAGGUGGGAUUAUUAUGUGCUCAUCCGAAAGAUAAAGAAAGACCGAGAGCUGGAGAAGUGAUUAAGAUUCUGAAAUUUGAAGUUCCAGUUCCAGAUCUUCCUCAUGAUGCUCAUGAUGCGACGAUUCCAUUACUACAUAGAGCAUCAUCAUCACUAGAAAAUGAUGGUACAGUAGCAGUUAUGACUACUUCAAGCAUACAUCUUGGUCGCUAAUUCAGUUUCAAUACAUGUUGUCUAUAGUUGUGCUCUCCUUUAUCUCAUAUCUCAUUGUGCUUCACUUUUUUUAGAUUAUAGUUCAUAAUAAACUGUGUUGAUGUUU